ACUGAGACUGCUGGUAGUACUUAGCAGGCCUCCACCACACUACCACACUCUACCACAGCUGGCUGAAUACCACUAGUCUCUAUAAACUAUUAAACAUUAAGUAAUAAUUAUGACAACCAAGACAAAAGCCACCCAUGAGAGAAAUGGUGUAGGUAAAAGUCAGUGUCUUGGUUCAGUAUUAAAUAGAGCUUUUACCAGCAACUCCCAAUGGCCAGACAAAGAUGAGUUCUUGGAUGUGAUAUACUGGGGUCGACAAGUGCUGGGAAUCGUGUUGGGGCUGGUGUGGGGCUUCAUCCCACUCAAAGGCUUCAUUGGUCUCUUUCUGUUUUGUGUUAUUAAUGCAGCCCUUAUAUACUUCUAUGCAUCAAGCUUCCAAGGUAUUGAUGAAGAAGAGUUUGGAGGAAUGUGGGAACUUACCAAAGAAGGUUUUGUCACUUCAUUUGCUGGUUUUUUGGUCAUGUGGAUAAUCCUGUAUUCUGGAUUACAUUAUGACUGACGGAUCUAAUAUUGCAGUAUACCGGUAAUUUUUGGACCACACACGUCAUCUUUUCUUCAUAAAAUUAUUUGGGCCAAACAAAUCAAUAUGAACUUAUUAAAUAAGAAUUACAGAUACUUGUACAUCACUUAUCUUGUGAAAGGUGAUAGUCAUUAUUAAAAUCCAUAUUGGAGAUUGUUAUUGCAUUAGCAUGAAAGACAACAUUGUUGAAAGGUUUAUAAAGUACAGUAUGUGUUGUGUAUCACUAUUUAUUUACUUGUUAAUAAAAGGUAAUGGAAGUGUAUGAUGCAUAAUAUGAUGUGUCCUCUUUACUUUAUUUUGUUUAAUAUUUCAUUUGUUAUUUUGUUGUAAAUACUGAUUAAGAGUAUCUUCAAUAUUAGCUUUAUCUACGCUUGGUAAAGACUUGAUAGUAUAGUACAGUAUAGAGGUAAACUUAUAGUAAAUAAGACUAUUGAUGUUGAGAGUUGUUAUAUGCAUUGAUAAGUAUUGGUUGUAUUAUUAUUAUUCACCUUCUAAAAUAACUAGACAUAUUGGUAGUGAAUACAUGUACUGAAUAAACACUUGAGGUGAUGUAGAUUGUGUGAUGAACACGGCAGUGUGUGUGAGACCUGGAGUGUUCCCUAGUUGUGUUAUAUCAGCUGGGUGUUCAGUGUAUAUCCAACAUGGGGAAAUACUCAGUGUUUAUCAAGUAUAACAACUAUACUAAGUUUUUACUUCCAAUAAAGAUUUUAACCAUCAAACAUAAUGCUGGUGUGUUAGUCUCUGGUAAGCAUGUUGAUCCCUUUGUGAUGUGUUAUAUAACAGGUGAUUGAUGGAAAUAUGCAGUGGUACCUGAUAAUUAUCCAUGUCCAGUAUUUCUUUCUUCCAUGAACUAGUAUGACUUAAUUAUAUGAAGAGUGUACAGUACAGUACUUGAGGUGUUUUACUGGUAACUAUUACAGUAAUGGAAAUAGACAAGAUAUUUAAACAAUGCACUUGCUAUAUUUCAUCAAGUUCAGUGAAGUUCUCUCCCCACAGUUAAAGUUAAAUAUUGACAAAUUUAUGUUUUGUCGCAGAUGAAAGUUUGCUCCCACGGUGAAACCGAGUCACUGGAAUGAACCUCCGAACUGACUUGCCCUGACUGUAGUCUGGUGCAGGUGUGCCGUUUUAUCUCAUUUGGGCUCAAUACUGCUUCAGUUUAGGAGGGAGCAAACCUUUGAGCCUGACUGUUCAUACUGUACCCUAUCACAAAAUAUCUUCCAUUUCAUUACGUGUUGGUGAAAGUGAUCAUCAUACACAACAUUGUUUAUUGCAGCUUGUGUAUUAACAUACACAGUGUAUAAUAAAGUUAUAUGUAUAUACACACACUUUAUAGUUUGCUAGUACAGUAGGACACCACUUACAUAGUAUUUUCACAGAGCCUUGAGCUCCUUCCACUGUGUUUUAGUUGAAUUACAGAAGUUCUUUCUAUACCAUUUUUAUGGAAUAAAUCAUGUGGAGUCAAUGUAA